AUGAAUGACGAGCGUGAGCGCCAGCAACACGACUUGGAGCGCGCCACCCUGCUGCUCGAGAUCAUGUCGCGAGAUGAAAUGUUUGAGAUGCUCCAUGACAUCCUUUUCAAUGAGCGGACGAGACGCGCGACGCGCGCAAGCUACUGGCAGAGCUUGGCAAGGCAUGAAUUACACAACUAUCUGUCGCGUGAGGCUCUGAGCAAUGUGCUGCUCUGCUUCAUUGUGAAAAUUUCCGUCUCCCAGGCUCAAAAGGUCGGUUUCCAACAUAUCGGACUGCUAAUUGAUCUGGCCCAGGACGGAAGGAAUCACCGCAAAGCGGAAACAGACAAGGUGCCUCUUGCCGACAGUGAUGACCCUGCGAUCUCGAGACUCAAACAUGAAGGACAAGAUGGACGCAUGGAAGAAGACUUGAAGUCAAGCGCAUCGUCCGGGACAUGCCCCGAUCUUGACGACCUCGAGUCAUCGCCAGCGCCUAAAACUGCUACUAUCGGCAUCCUGCAGACGACGGUUACCACAGAUGAAGAAGGAACGAUUCCCGAGGCUCGUGACCUUAGUGGCCCAUCUUUGAAAAUGAGGAAAACGCAGGUCGGCGAUGAGGUGAUCCAUCAAGAGAAUUCUUCGGCAGGAGUGAAGGGACUGGAUAUCGGCAGCACGAAUCGUCCUUCCUGGUUCCAGUGGCUCAAAGCCAUUUUCCAUCGCGGUCCUCGACCCUCUUUGGACUCUAACACGACCAAGCUCAAGAAUCUACAUCUCCAUGAGAGCCUUACCAGCUCCAACCCGGCAGACAAGAAGAAGAUGCAAUGCCAGUUCUGCAAUCUUUACUUCGAGGAUAGGGAGAAUUUGCGGAAUCUCGAUAAUGGAUCACCUCCAUGUUCCUAUCACCCGGGUAAGACUUACAUCGAGCACCCUAUGAUCUUCGCCCUUUCCAAUAUGCCUGGUCUUGCUGCCAUGGUAAAGUAUCUUUGGGAUGAGAUUAAGUCUGACCAGUGGAAUAAAACGCCAGGAUGCGCUACUGGCUACCAUUAUGCGAUGGACAAGACCCGAUGUCAUGUCUGUGAGCAGCUCUUCACACCUCGGGAAAACACACGACAGCUAGACGGCCCAUCACCAUGCUCAUAUCACCCAGGCGUCAUGAACGGCUCCAUUGGAGAUUUUAAUGGUGCAGUAGAUUACAGACCGGUCCCCACGAUGUACGAGUCCUCACCGCGGUCCAGAGAGGUCGCGAACGCUCUCUUUCAGAUCGACAAGCUCACGGAGGACCAAGUUCGGGCAGUGCUCCGACAUCUGACGAUCGAAGAUGCUGUGCUGAAUGAGGCACAGUGCUCGCACAUUGCGUGCGUCGUGAACGGCACUCUACACAAGCUGCCUCGCGAAGGUGUCAAUGCGUCGCUUACCUGUAGCACGAACUUGGAUGCCGCCUCUCACUGGGAGAAACACUUUGCGAGCCAUCCUGGCCAUGUCUCCGCUACCUUUAGGAGCAACGCAGUCGCCGACGGAGAGCAGACCGACGAGUCCAUGAAGCAGGUGACGCUGUUUAAAGCUGAAGAGAAGGCUGAGGAGACUGCGCUUGCUGCGACCAACGGCAUGCCUGCAGAUACUAAACCUUCCGUCGGUGAUUUUCCAGAGGCAAAGGGUCUCACAAUCAUCAAUCAAGGGCAGAUGACUCUCCACUAUCACUCGUACCACGAAGCCUCAUCUCUGGCGCAGCAGUCGGCCACAGUGCCUCGCAAGCGCACUUUGGAAAGAAGUGAAGAUGAAGAGUACUCUGAGGCGCUCGCCUCAUUGAUGCAUUGUAACCUAUCUGCUUCAAAUGACCCUAGCAAUCUGGCCACUUCGAAGCGCCGGCGGCUGGAGGCACCUGAGACUGAGAGGGUGGAGCCUCAGGCUCGAAAGCAGCAGGAGGAAGUGAAGCAGGAGAGAGAUGAGCCCAAUCCGAAUGCGAAGAAAGCAUUUUGCAAGAGAUGCGGAGUGGCAUUCAGACUCUCCCAGAACAGUGGUUCCAAGACUCCUUGCAACUUCCAUCCAGGCACACUCAAAAAUCAUCCAAACGGAUUGAAGAGAUGGAGGAAGAAUGGCAUGAGAAAGAAGCCUCUGUACGAGGCUUGGAGCUGUUGCCAUAUGGGCCCCAAAUCAAAGGGAUGCACUCAGGACAAGCACGAGGAGGCUCUCAGUUGA